AUGGCGGGAUCGGCGGCCGAAGACGACAAUCGCUCACAGAAGCGCACCCACGACGAGUUCGCCGGCCAAGAUGCCUCUGACUCCUCGUCCGACGACGACAUGGGCCCCCAGCUGCCCUCCGAGGCCGCUCCCAAGAAGAAGCGCCGCGUUCUGCCCUACGAGAAGCUCUACGUGGCCGCCCUGCCCAAGUCCGCACGCUACUCGCGAUCCCUCAUGCACAAGGACCAGCUGCUGUUCGCCACAUGGACGCCGCUCACCGAAUUUUUAAUAACCUGCUCCGUCGACGGCGUGGUCAAGUUCUGGAAGAAGAUUGCUCAGGGCAUCGAGUUCGUCAAGCAGUUUCAGGCGCACAACGGGGAGAUCACCUCCGUCUCCGUCAGCAGGGAUGGCCGCAGCUUCGCGACUGUCGGCACGGACGACUCCAUCAAGAUAUUCGACGUGGUUACGUUUGACCUGCUGUCCAUGCUCAACCUCAAGUUCACCCCCAAAGCCGUCUGCUGGGUCCAUCAGAAAGGCGCCUCGUUCCCGCAACUGGCGGUCUCCGAGUCGACGAAACCUCUGAUACACAUUUUCGACGGACGGGGCGACCGCGAGGACCCGAUACAUACCAUCAAGGGCCUGCAUCGGAGCCCCGUUCACCUCAUGGCGUACAACGAUGCAUUUGACUGCGUUGUCUCGGCCGACGAGAACGGCAUGGUAGAGUACUGGCGCCCAGGCGGCUCCUACGAGAAGCCGGACAACGUCUUCGAGUACAAGAGCUCCACGAACCUGUUCGAUUUCAAAAAGGCCAAAUCGAUACCCUCUUGCUUGACGAUAUCCCCCAACGGCAACAGCCUUGCGACGUUCUCCUAUCCUGACCGCAAGGUCCGCAUCUUUGAUUUCGCAACCGCCAAGCUUCAACGCACCUACGAUGAGUCGCUGCAGGCAAUCGAGGAGAUGCAGCAGGCCGGUGCCUCGUCGCAGAAGCUCGACCACGUCGAGUUUGGGCGACGGCUAGCGCAGGAGAAGGAUGUGGAAUCAGCUACGCUGCGCAACAAGUCCAACAUCAUCUUCGACGAGUCAGGCAACUUCAUCUUCUACGGCUCCAUGCUCGGCAUCAAAGUCCUCAACACGUACACGAACCAAGUCGUCAGGGUCUAUGGUAAAGACGAGCACUUUCGCGCCGUCAACCUCGCUCUGUACCAGGGCCAGCCGCAGAAGAAGGGCAUAGUCUCGGUGGAAAUGGGCGCGUCGAGCAAUCCGCUGCUGCAGGAGUCGGAGACUCGCGAUCCUAUUCUGGUGGCAACGGGUGCAGGCAAGCAGCGCUUCUACAUGUUCAGCAACGAGGAGGACAUCUCCAAGUCGACCCGUGACAUCCAAAAUGAGCGACCGACGACGCUGGGCGGAGCCAACAAAAAGGAGGGCAAUGCAAAGCGUCGAGAGACAGGGGAGUCUGCAGUCGUCCAUACCAAUUACGGCGACAUCCACAUCCGCCUCUUCCCCGAUGCGGCACCGAAGGCCGUCGAGAAUUUCGUGACGCACUCGAAGAACGGCUACUACAACGGCACCAUCUUCCACCGUGUCAUCCGCAAGUUCAUGAUCCAGGGCGGCGAUCCCCUCGGUGACGGGACGGGCGGCGAGAGCAUCUGGGGGCGCGAGUUUGAGGACGAGUUCAGCAGCCUCAAGCACGACAAGCCUUUCACUGUCAGCAUGGCCAACGCGGGGCCCAACACAAACGGCAGUCAGUUCUUCAUCACGACUGAGAAGACGCCCUGGCUUGACGGCAAGCACACGAUUUUCGGCCGAGCCACCCAGGGCUUCGACGUGAUCCAGAAGAUUGAGAACGCGCGCACUUACAAGGAGAAGCCGGAGGAAGACAUCAAGAUCCUCAACAUUGACGUAAUGUAG